AUGGGUCUCAUCCGCUUCCUCUACGGAGAGCUCUCGCACGAGGCUCUCGUGCAGGCCACCUUCUUCUCCUCGCUGCUCUGCUUCAUCGUCGGUGUUUACUGGAUGAUGCGCUCGCUCAAGGACUCUGUGUUUGCUAGUGUCGUCGGGCUGGAGUACCAGCCGCAGGCAAAGAUGUUCUCGCUCGUCGUCGUCUCCGUGGUCCUCGUCGCGUACAACAAGAUUGUCGACAUCGUCCCGCGACACCGGCUCUUCGCCGUGAUCUGUGGCGCGUACUCGGCCCUCUUUGUCGCGACCGCCGUGAUGCUCACGUCGACGACGCACGGCCUCGUCGGCCCGGAUGGACAGCCGAUCCCGCCGUCGCCAGAGCGCUGGCUCGGCUGGAUCCACUACUUCGCCAUCGAGUCGUAUGGCUCACUCGUCGUCUCUCUCUUCUGGCAGUACCUCAACUCGCAGAUCGGCGCCAUCACCGGCUGCACCUUGGUGGUGGGCUCGAAGCGGUUCGGCGUCCCGCAGCUCUACGGCGCAGGCGGGCUGGCCUGCCUCGUCUCGCCGCUGAUCGUCCAGAUGUACCUCUGCCGCUUCCCGCCCGACGAGUUCAUCAACGUCCAGCCCGGCCUCUUCGAGGGGCUCCGCCUCCUCAUUCGCCACCCGUACGUGCUCGGCAUCUUUGCCGUCUCCGCCCUGUUCGAGGUGAUUGCAACCAUCCUCGACUACCAGAUGAAGGUGCUCGGCAAGGCCGCCUACUCGUCGACGGCCGACUUUGCCUCCUUCAUGGGCAUGUUUGGCCAGGCGCCACGAUUGCGCCCGCCCCCGCCCUUGCCGCUGUUCCCGACGAUGCUCGUGGUGGUGGUUGGCGUCGUGUACUUUGUGCCCUCGAUGUGGUGCCUCUUUGGCGUGAUGGUGGCCAUCAAGGGCCUCUCCUAUGCACUCAACAACCCGUCCAAGGAGAUGCUCUACAUGGUGACGACCGACUCGAUCAAGUUCAAGGCAAAGUCUUGGAUCGACGUCUUUGGCGGACGUGCCUCCAAGGCUCUUGGCUCGGUGGUGACAAACACCUUCAAGAAGCCGGUGACGAACCUGAUGUUUUACGGCUCGCUCGUCUCCCUCGCCAUCGCCCUGGGCCUCCUCGCCAUCACAUCAACCCUCGGGCGCGCCUUUGAGCGAUUGACCGCUUCGGGCGAGCUCAUUGGCAUGGACAAUGAGCAAGGCGAGGAGGAGAAGCAGCCGCUGAAACAUGCCGCUGCUGAGGACGAGGAGAGCCCGAAGGCCUGA